AUGGUUGAUUUCUACCGCCAAGUUGAUCCAAUUAAAGAACAAGUGAUACCACCUCAGGAUAAUCUGGAACUUCUUCCUUUAAAGUCACAAAACUGCAAAUUAAUUUCAUCAUCCAAAAUUAUUGGAUCUCCAAAAAUUGUCGAUGGUAUAUCAGUUCGUUGUCCAAAGUAUUUAUUAUCUUUUUCUUCAACUACUAGGAAAAAUUUAGUAACAUUAUGUGAUUUAGUAGAUUCUAAACUCGAAAAAAUUAAUAACAAAUAUUAUUAUUAUGAGUCAAAAAUCACAGGUACUCUAAGUUCAUUACAUUCAGAUCAUUCAGAAUUAUUGAUCCCUAAUAUUUUCUAUAUUGGUGUUGCAGCCAUGGCAGGUUCCGUUUUAACUAAAAGAAGUAAUAUUCUCUAUAGAGUUUCAAUGCCGGUGAUAUUUGGUACUGCUGGCUUCUAUUAUACAUUACCAAAGACAUACUCUAAUACAAUUGAUCUGCUACAUGAAUGGGAAGAAUCAAAAUUACCUAAAUUUACUAAAUUCCAGGAUGCCACAAUUGAUAAUACUAAAUGGAUGUAUGGAGUUGGUGUAGAUUUAACUCAAAAAGUGACUCGUUCUGGUUGGAAGUUACAAAACUAUUUUAAGAAUUUGUUGGGUGGUGAGUAA